UUUAACUGAUCCACCACGGUAUCGAAAAACUCAGCCGGCAUAUUUUCCGAUACUCCGGUACUGUCGCUUCUUUUUACCCUCGAAAUCUUCCUCUUCCAUCUCGCUUGGGGGUCGAUCACAGCGAUGAAGCACGCUAAGCAAGUCUUCUACUUCAUAUUCCUCGCGCUCAUCUUUUGCUACACCUCCCUCGCCUUCCAAUCGGACGAGCUAAUCUUAGACGACGAGGAGUUCAUUCUCGAGGGCAGUCGCGCCCCUGAGCUUGAGCACACGAUAACUAAAGUAACCCCUUCGAGUCGCCGGCGCGGGGAUCUGGACUCUUCUUUAGAUUCGAAGUCGGUUCAGUUCACACUUGAGCACGCCUUCGGGGAUUCGGUCUAUUUUCCCGCUGGAACCUUCACCGCGCGUCUUAAAACCUGGAGUCAUGGUGGACAGACCCUUACAAAGCUUCGCUUUUCAAGGACUGCACUGUCAGAUGUAGAAAAGGAUGCUUUUAAGAGGAUUUUGGAACAAGAUGAUUUUAUUACAAUUAGAGUGCCUUCUAAUGUGCUGAAUCCUCCUGGAAAAGGCUAUAUUAUGUCAUCUGUCCGAGCUAGGUGCAUACCUAGGGAAAGCUUGGAUGAACUCUUCGUGAUCCAUACGGAUGGUGUGGAUAUUUUGGCUGUGAACUAUGGUUCAGCUGGUUCUUGUCAGUACCCGAGGCCAUUGAAGUUUCCCAGAAAAUGGUCAUUUAACUCGCAUACGGUUAUGAAGAACAGCGAGCAAGCGCGAAGAACUCCAACAUUUACGGAGGAAUUGCUUGCUUCAGAACCUGGAGUGGAAGAAGCUUUGAAAGCACCAGAAAGGUCCUUCUGGUCAAAAUAUUGGAUGUAUCUAAUUCCUCUUGGAUUGAUUGUGCUGAAUGCUGUCACUCAAGCCAUGAAUAUACCCGAAGAGCAGCAGCCUGCUGGCCAACCUGCUUCCCAGCCUCAGCAGCCAAUUGUUCAACGAGCUCCAAAUUCUGCUGCAAGAAGACGAUAGGCAGUCGGCUUUACAUGAACCCAUCUGGGGUUGAGGUAUUGUUUUCUUUGGGCUACAACUGAGUUUUGAAGGGAAUAGCAGUUGACUGAUUUCUAAUGAGCUGCAUUCGUAGAUGCCCCACUUGCAGCUUCUUCCAAGAUCCGUUGAAGUGUUUGGGGAGAAUUUUUAUUAAAGAUUAUUGUAGUCAUGUUUCGCAU